GCUCACAGUGUCCCCGCACUUGCUAUUCUCAGAUUUAUCUCUGAGAGUAGUUCAUCUCUCCCACUGGUUUUUCUUCGAACAAAUUUAAGCUUUACGGCGAGGAGUUUUGAAACUUUGUUUCCAAAAGGCUGAAUCAAAUUCAAAAAGUACUUACUACUUACCCCGCGAAGAUAAUUGAAAUAUCGACCUGAAUUCACUUACGUACUGCGACGGCAUUUUUGCAGCCUUUCACAAAUACUUCUGACAAGCAAAGGCAAGGGUAGACUUGAAACUUGUUCGCAGUACCACAACAGAAGAUCUGCACGCAAGAAGAAGAACAGCACCAGCAGCCACACUAAACAACUGCUGUUGUGACCACUUGGACAGGAGUCGCACGACCUCUGUUGUGAAGACACCAGCUGCAAAUGUUGUCACACGAGACUGAGACGCAAGGGGAGAUCACCAUGCAGACUGCUGGAACGGUCCCUGAAUCGCUUACGACCCCUGCCGCACGGUAUCAUCACGUGUCCUCGCGGGACGAUGGAGAACCAGCGGACGAAGGGGCGGCGGGAGAGAAUCUGCUCCCUCCAGCGGUGGAAGGCUAUCCACUGCAAAAGUACUUAUCGUGCUCGUGCUAAUUGCAUAUGCAUUCAUGCACUCGAUUUCACCUGGAUCUUCUGCAUGACAAAGUCCCGUUUUUCUUGUCGAAAGUUUUUGAUGCAAUUUGUUGCUUCUAGCGCGAUGCUUUUGUAGUGCAUAAAGGCGAUGAAGAUGCUGAUGCUGAAAACAAACAACUUGUCUCGAACUGGAGCAAGGGGAACAAGAUCAUCUGUUCCAAGGAUCCGGUGACCAAGAACCACGGCUGCAUGAUGUGGAAGAUCCUGCUGCUCGGCGCUUUGAUUGUGGUCUUGGUGAUUGGUGCGGGGGUCUCGCAUAUGCAGAGCAAAUCGUAUGUCUGUGUCUGGAUUCGUCAUGCGAAUAGAUUUGAAACGACAAGAAGAAGAACAAGUAGAUUCAAGAUCUGUAAUUCAUGGAUAGAGGUUGGAUUGACGUGAGCAGUUAUUUUGUCAUGCUAGAAGGGAGUUUGUUUUUAUGCUACUAAAUGCGAUUGCGAUAGAGCAGGAACAGUGGUAGUGCUGGUGGUGAUAUGCCGUGCAGCGGAAGCCUCUGGCACACAAGAACCACCGUGACAAACUGUCCGCUUCCUUCCAGACCCAGACACAUUUGCAUUUGAUAUCUAAGUCGGCUGCGAUCCAGAAACUGGUAUUGACAGACCGGUGUGUCAAUUCCUCUUGCUGGUUUUGUUUCCUUCUCUUUCCCUCCUUUCAAUUGGACAGUAAUUGAAAAUAAUAGAUUUUGAUUUUCGCGUAUGGAGCGUCCGGUGGUUGAGGCUGCCCUGUAAGAUCAAAUCUCAACGGAGAGCAUGAAGAUGAUGCAAAUGAAGAUGUACCUAGACCUACAAACUCAAGAUAUGUUGAAAUUCGACCAUAAUAACUAUACUUCCCAGUUCCCGCCGCUUGCUGAUCUGAUGCGGUUCAAGUCCGGUCCGCCUUCGGGCAAGAAAAACGGGCUUCGCGGCUUUCUGGCGCCGAAGCAGGUCGCGAAGGAAGUUGACGAGAAGGGUGCUGAAGAUCCCCGGCCUACCGUGGAAGCCGCGCCGAAUCAUCUUGUCUCGCCGGAGAUUGCCGCUUCGAAGGUACCUUCUUAGUUACUCAUCAAGAAUCCAAGUCUUCCGCUUAUGUCUCCAUCAUUGACGAACUACAACUAUGUAUGUAUUUAGAUUUAGAAUUCGAAUUAUCUUCUUCUACCUAGUACUACACUGCACGUACACCAAGAUAGUCUGAAGACGACGACGGCCAAGUUCCUGACGCGCAUCCUAGACGUGGGGUCUCGGAAUUUGGCGUUUUGAAUGCAAGUACGUAGUACUUAUUUGCCAGCACGAGGAAAUAAAGUGUAAGUGAAGUGUGGUACCAUACCGCGACUUCAAAUUGUAGCUGAGCUGCAGCUGCUCAAGUUCGAACUUUUUUUUUGCAUAUCUCUACAAAACCUACACGUUCAUGGCGAGAAGUAUACUUACGCCCGCUGCAACAUACGCAAAAGUGUUGAAGGCAGCCCUCACUGAUGUCAAUCGCCGGAUGUUUCAUGGUGGAUGACUUUUUGUCAUACCAUGCCUCACGUACACCAUCAGAAGUGUACUUUUGGCGUCGGCCGCAAGAAAAAAUGCCUGCGUUUCGCAGGUGGAGCGCGCAUUUUUUGAAAAACUCUGACUCUGACUCUGAUGGUGUUGAUGUUUUCCGAGAAGAGCAUUUUUAGGUCUGAGAGGUCAUCGUGCUGCGGCGCCGUUGCCAUGCCUAGUGUGUGGUAUCAUCAGGCCGAAGGCAACCAAAUGUCAAUGGAAAUUAUGAGUAGCUUUUUCAUUCUGAAAUACAAAUAAUACACAGCCCAUUGUCGACCCACCGGUGGCGAGCGCGGUGGGCGAUGGAGGAGAAGCCGCCCGUUCCGACCACGUCGACGAAGCUCUGAAGUACCAAAGUGAGAAACGUCGACACACGACCUCAUAGAUUAGAGCCGCAGGGGAGACCGGCUACAGCUAUUUGCUGAUUUUCUACUACAUAGAGUACUUGUAUGCAUGAAAAGGGGCGAUGGAGACACCGCCACUGUGCGCCUUAUCUAUCAACAAAGGCAUGUUGUAAUUUUCACAUAUGUGUUGACACUUUUUACUCACAUUUGUGAUCGUGGCGCAUUGAAAGAAGACUGGCGAGCGGGGAGUUGUCCCUCUGAUGAGACAUAGUUUGUUAGGUGUGGUUUAUUCUCACUUUGAUACGAGCCAGGCGCAGGCGGUUGCCUUCCUGGAUGUUGAGCAGAAAGUGGGAAAGCUGUAUCAUGUGGAGAAUGCUAGCUACAUACACUUUUUUUUAUUAUGGCCGACUGUCCACCUGGAUGUAUUUCUAUUUUUCGUGUCGUGUUGAUAAAUACUUUCGAGUACGUUACGUACUCCACGACCGGCAGCUGUGUUGCGCAGAUAUUGUCAGAAAAAGGGAAGGGUCCCGAGGACGAGCAGGCAUGACAGAGCUGACGUAAAGGACGUAAAGCAGAUGAACUGAAAGAGGAUCGAAGCUUCGAAUUUCGUAUAGUGAAAACUGCAAAAGUCGAGACUCGAAGCUCGAGAGUUGAGAAGCUAGGUUCGAAGUCCGCAACCUGCUUUUCGUUGGCUUUGCAAGAAACCGCCUCGGCGCCGCGCCGGGCUCAGCAACUAGGACGAUGAAUUUAUUUUUUGGCACCCACACCUAAUUGAGUCGUCCGACUCCGAGCUGUUUGUUUGAUUUUGCACCAGUCAAACUAACCCAGCCAUGCGCCAGCCUGCCGAUACACGUUACUUAGUACUGCAGAUAGUACUCAUGUAGUUGGCCAUGAUCACUGAUGAUGAUGAUGAUGAUGAUGAUGUGCUAGCUUUUUUCCGUGCGAAAAGUUGACCGAGCACCAAGGGCAGGCGCUGUCGCCUGGGGAGGUGACAUGUGGGGGUGCUGGGGAUACACCGUCCGAGUUUGGUUCGAAGCAGCUUGAGCACAUCCUCAACCGUGCCGAGCACGAGCAUGAUGCGAAUCGGAACCUUGCAAUCCUUCCCAUGCCGCUGGAUGAGGCCAUCGACACGCUCAUGUUUGUCGGAUUCCGUGUCUAUUGUAACUACAACCCGCGAGAUCUGGACACUGCCACGGUCGAUGCGAUCGCAAAGAAAAUCUUUGCUGAUUCUCGCAUCGAGCGGUCAGACCUGAACGUGAUCAAGUACAAGAUCGAAAAAAGGCGGCACCUUACGUAUAUGCUGAGCAAAAGCCUGCCUCCCAACCCCAGAGUUGUGGCCUGUCGUCAAAACAUUUGAACGUUUUUUUUGUAUUUCAAUUUGGUUUUAUUUUCCAGUUGUACGUGAAACACCCCGCCAGAGUUGUCAUACUGAUUUGCAUCCACAGCGGACACAUUGGUGGUGCGCAUCCAUAUGAGAGGUAUUUCCAGUGGUGUUUUUGCAUUUGUAGUGCUGUGAAACGCUUAUCCGAUGAGGUUUAGGCAUAUGCAGCAGUCCUACUUGCUAGUAACUGUUUUUACAAAAAUGUAGGCAGACAGAUGCUUGCCACUUGUGGCUCUCAAAACUUGUGAUAAUAUGCUCGAGAAUUACCAACUUGACUGUAACAGGGCCGGUACGCUUUCACUCAGGAUAUUGUACACUGGUGCCGCACCUCGCGACUCGUUGAAAGGGAAUCGCAAGGUCCAAUUGGCGAUGAAGGAAGAGCAGGAGCAGGGGGGGGGGCGCGGCCCUUUGUCCGACUGA